CGACGGGGCGCUUGACUGGUCACCUAGCAACGGAGGAGGAAAACGACAGAGGUUCUCAGAGAGAAGCAGGAGUCGCCGCGGAGACGGGAAGAUGAAGCAGCUCCAGUGCUUGUGCCAGAUUUGCACCUGCGGACGCCAUUAUUGUCCUCAUAAUCCGACAAGGAUUUAUGACCAGGGGGAAGUGGUGAACUUCCUUUCUGAAUAUGCGGAUAAGUACCCUGUAUAUGGCAAUGUCCCUCCUCCCCAGAGCCUCAAGCCCCAACAGCAACAUCAGUCCAAUGGUGGAAAAAUGGAAGGCACCUCAACUUUCAGGGCUGAUUAUCGUCCAUAUGAAGUGGCAAAUCGGCCUGUUCGAGCCCGAGAAGUGUACAAACCCAAGCCUGGAGAGAUUGACCUUGGGACCACUUAUAGAAGAGAUUACAAUGCUCACAAAGUACAGCCAGUAGCACUACUAAGACCUGUUGAAAGAAACUAUGUUAGAGGAGAGAAACUGAAUACCUUACCCACUUAUCGAGAUGACUAUAGGGCCUGGGACGUUCAAAAAGUGGAGCUCCAUAAAGCACCGAACACUUAUCAUCCUCCUAUGGAAAAAUUUGGGAACACCACUACCUUUCAGGAUGCCUUCUUUCCUAAGGAAAUCUCAAUCCAAAAAAGUUUUAAACCUGGUUUAACAAUCAGACUUUCAGACCAACCUUUUAAUGCCAUGUCAAGCCAUCGCAGCGAUUAUGUUCCUCACCCUCUAGAACCCAGAUUUAAAAUACCAAGAGAUGAAUACAAGCCACAUAGCCAGCCCUUUGAUAACACCACAACCCAUCGGUGUGAUUUCAGGGGACUUGUCGGAGAGGUUCCCAAAAGCUGCAAGCCUGAUCAACAAGUGGCACCAAAGGGUCAAUUUGAGGGACUUUCAGAGUUUCGCGAGCGCUUUCAACCCUGGCCCGUUUCCUUACCUGAAGUCCACAAAGCAAAAGAAUACAUUCCCCCCACAGGCAGCAUGGAUCUGAACACCACAAGCCACCUUGAUUAUGUUCAUCAUGAUGUCAGUCCAAUUGUCCUCAUGAAACCAUUACAAAGGAGCACCAGAAAUACUGCCCCUUUUAUGGGGACUACGACCAUGCGGGACGCCUUUCAAGCCUGGGAGGCUUGUCGGCCAGAGGCUAUCAAGAAGGUGGAUGCGUUAAAACCCUCUGGGAAGUUUGAUGGUCGGACCACCUUCAGAGAUCACUAUGUACCACACAACGUACCUCCAGUUCUGAGCUGCAGGCCUCCCAGGAUGCCUCUAUCUAGCUCAGUGCCUUUUGAGGACCAAAGCAUGUACCGUACAGAAUAUACGCCAAAGAAACAAGAAAUCUGCCCAGCCGCCUAUGCAUCGCCUUUGGGAUAUGAGUUUGUCAACAGCGAUUCUGGCGGUCACAAAUUCUUCCGCAGAAUGUCCUCAGAUAUCCCUAACAUUGCCCAAGAAAAUGGAAAAUCAUUUAUAACUGAAGUUGCAUGUAACCCACAUAUUGUCCCCUCAAAUCAUCAGUCCAGAAACUGAGACCAUGGAAUAAAUGAUGUCAAAGGAACUCAAUAAAUCAUCCAAAAAAAGGACAGGAAACCUUCUGAACUUCUGGGAAUAUUUGUAUCACUUCCCUUGGUAUUCUCACGGGAUAGAGUCUCCUUGUUCUCUGCUUUGUCCUGUGUAAACAUAAUGUUCUAUACAUGGUGGAAAAUCAAAUUAAAAACAUUUAUCUCCUAUCA